AUGGAUCGCUAUGAAUUCGAAAUUCAUAGUCAAAUCUCCACAUCAUAUGGACUUUCCACUACAACACUCCCGUCGACAUUACUUCCAGCAAUUAUCAAUCCUGAAUGGAUAUCAAUGAUUGAACAUAUUCAUUAUUAUGCUUAUCCAAUAGUUAUCUUAACUGGAAUUUUCUUUUCUUUAAUCACAUUAGUAUCCUUAGCACAAAAUGUUCACAUGACAUCGAAGCCCUAUCUAUUCACUCAAACAUUAUUCGAUAUUCUAUUCUUGCUACUUGGUGUUUUUUUGAAUAUUUCGAAGUAUUAUCCGAAUAUUCUGCCAAAGUUUCCCAAUGAGAAAAUCUACUAUAAUUUUCUCUUUUACAUUCUCUGGUUUAUCAUCAUUUGGACCUUCUUGAUCAGUUGUCUUGACCAUACAUGUACAGCUAUUCAAUCCAAUGGUUACAAUGAGAGACUAUUUUGUACACCAUGUAAUUCGAAAAACGUCAUUCUAGGAAUCAUACUCCUCGGAAUUAUCUUCACCUUGCCGCAACUAUUUGCAUGGGAAUCGUACAAUACAAUCUAUCGCACAACAUACUUGCGAGCAUCGUUUCUCUAUGAACAUAUCUACUUCUGGUUUUUACAUAUUAUUUAUUUAUUUAUCCCUUUAUUUGCGAUCUUUGUUUUUCUUGGUACACUUUCCUAUACAUUAUGUAAAAAGAAAGAGCAUUAUUUAUUAACAUCAAAUGGCGGAAAUCACGGACACUAUACAAUUCAUUACGGCAAUCCACAUGAAACAUCGAUCAACUACUCGAAAACACGUGAACGUGAAAAUAUCUCCAAAAUGUUCAUCUUAAUGUGUUUUCUUUAUCUAAUCUUUGUAUUACCAUAUUCAUUUGUAAUCUUCUUCGGAAAGCUAUUCCUUCGUGAACAAACAACCUUCCAAUCGAAGACAAUCUUUCAAGAAUCGAAAUUUUCGUUUAUGUUUCAAGAAGUUCAUCACUUGUCGAUGUUUGUGUUGCUGUUGCGAGAGAAAGUCUUCAUCGAUGGAUCAUCAUGA